UUCAUAUGCUCAAUUCCUCAUUUCUGCCCUUCCUAGGAAUAGAAUGGCCACCACUGAGUCACAGCUGUGUCUUGAUUUAAAUACCGACUAUGCUGAGGUCAUCAUAUCAGUUGGGGACGUAACGUUUGGUGAGCACCAGAGAAAAGAGAAGUUUCCAGAAGAAACGCGAAGGAAGGUUCUAGCAGAAAUUGAAAACGAAAUACCUGUGAAAGUCAAGAAAGGAGCUGCGGAAGGGAAGAAGACAGGAGAUGCACAGAAGCUGAAAAAGGAAAGGGCAAAUGAAGUGCUUAAACUCACCCGAGCAGCUUGUGCUUUGCUCAACUCCGGUGGAGGCUUGAUACGGGCAUCAAUUGCAAACCAAGGCUACUCCUCUGUUCAAGAUGGAAUUGGUCAAGACAUACAAGGGACCUUUCGGGAGUGUAUUCAUUCUGAAGAAUUAUCUGAGUGUUUUGACUUUAUCCAGGAGGGCCAACACUUGAUGAUUUGGGUAAAGGCGUGGAGCAGUGCAAACUCCUCUAAGCCACGGAUUUGUAACGUGAAAACUGGCUUGCACCAGCGCGACGGGGAAUCUGCUAUGAAGCUGAAGGACUUGACUUUUCUGAAGGAGAAGCUAGCUUAUGCCAAACGUUAUUCUGAAAAUGAGAUGAGUCUUAAGAGGCUCUGUCUCCAGAGCAACAUGGAGGGUUCAACAGAAGUUGCUGUAGAAAUGGCAUCCGGUAUCCAGAAAGCAGCUGUUCAGUUUUUUGAACGAGACCAACUGGAGUAUUGUGAGAUCCUGAGUUUCAUUGAAUGGACAACUGUUGAGUUUAAGGGCUUCCCGCCAAGACAGAGCUGCUUAGAUUUUGUUCGAAAUACAGUCCCGCGAUACGUUUCUGCUUUUGCAAAUACCCAAGGGGGAUACUUAAUUUUUGGUGUGGACAAUCAUCAGAAAGUUCUUGGAUGUAAAGAAAAUGUGAAUCCAAUGCAAGUGAAAGAAGUAAUUGCAACAACCAUUGAUGCUAUGCCUUGCUUCCAUUUAGAUGCUUCUAAGCCAAAAAUUGAGUAUAAAUUUAAAGCCCAGGCUGUUUUUGAUGAGCGCGGAAAGGGACACGGUUAUGUUUUUGUUGUGAGAAUUGAAUCAUUCCAUGGCAUUGUCUUUUCGGAAGAGCCGGAUUCAUGGAUUGUGGAGGCUGACCGUCUCAAGAGAAUUGAGAUUGCUGAAUGGCUUAAAAUGAUGACAGUGGAAGACCCAGAUCUUUCAAAGCUGGCUGAACAGUUCACGAGAGAGCUGAGUCUGUCAGACGGGCCUCCAAUGAUCAAGCCAGUGUAUUCAGUCCAACGUCUGGACAGCUUGGAUGCACUGCAGAGAAUGUUUUUUCCAGCAGAGUCCAACAGGAUGACAUUUGUUCCCCAGCCCCUCUGCAACAACCUGUUCUUGGAGUAUCCAGGGCUGAAAGCUUUGCUAGAAAAGGAAAUAAAGCCACUGGUUCAAGGAACAUUGAUGUUUUCGAGAAGCUGGGCUGUGGACAUUGGGUUGCCUAAGAACUGGGCCAUCGUGUGUGAUGUGCUUAUGAUGGCUGUUGGACGCUAUCCUGUCCUUUACACGGUAGUUGAGAAACCUACCCUUGAUAUGUAUGAGCAUUCCAGAGGCACAGCCAGACAGCUAAAGCAGAAGCUGGUGAAUGUCGGAGGAUACACUCAAAAGAUCUGUGUGAUUCCAAAGGUCUUGUAUUUGCAGUCCGCUAAUGAACAGGAUGCUCUAGACCAGAGACUAAAGUACCCUGAAGCCUACAGAUUGCGGCAAGAACACCUACCCAGGUUACAGAAGGCACUCGUAACAGUCUUGUUUGGCUUCACUUCCUUUUCAAGUGACUUCAUUGGGGUGGAGUUUCUUAAUCUCUUGACCUUUGAACAAUAUGAAAACCUCUCCAAGAAACUUGACGAGACCAGAGAACAGUUUAUAUACGGCAUACCUGGAAGUGGGAAGACAGUGGUGGCCUUGAAGAUUAUGGAGAGAAUAAAGAAUGAAUUUGCCUGCCAACCCCAUGAAAUACUUUACAUUUGUGAAAACAAGCCACUACGGGAUUUUGUUGGGAAGAAAGCAUUUUGUGCAGUGACGAGAGCUACAUUCAUGAAGGGAGAAUUUCCGAACGUCAAGCACAUUGUGAUCGAUGAAGCUCAGAAUUUCCGAGUGGAGCAUGGCCAGUGGUACAAGAAAGCCAGUAACAUUGUCCAUCGUGACCCUGAUACUCCUGGGAUCUUCUGGAUUUUUUUGGACUAUUUCCAAAUGAGUCAUCCUUAUGACAACGGCCUUCCACCUCCAUCGCGACAGUAUCCAAAGGGUUAUCUUACCAAGGGGGUCCGGAAUGCCUCUACAAUCUACAAAGUGGUGAGAUUAGAGAUGGAAAAAAUAGCUGAAGCAAGCCAAUUAAGCAUUCCUCAUCCAGAACUGAGAAUGCUGCUAGGCAGAGCGUGCUGCAGCAAUUCUAUGGCGGGCAGAUGCCAUAUGAAGUUUGAGAUGGAGGCGAGGGAGAUCGCACGCUAUGUGGCCAGACAUUGUCGGAGCUACCUGGAUGCAGACUACGCAGAAAAAGAUAUUGCAAUUCUGUGUAGCACAAAAGAAACAACUUCUUCUUACCAGCGUCCCUUGAUAGAGGAGAUGAGAAAACUCCGCCUUGAUGUUUGUUUUGUUCAGGCCAACGAGAUCCUGGAAGACAAGAUCGUCCUUGACAGCAUUCGCCGUUUUUCAGGCCUCGAGAGGACCAUCGUGUUUGGCAUUAACCCCGUUCCCACGCAGGGGGGAGUUUCCCGCAACCUUUUGCUCUGCGUGGCCUCCAGAGCGAACAAACAGCUUCAUUUGCUGUAUGAAAAGGAGCAGGUUUAGUAAAGCUGAAAUGGGGUGGGUUGCAG